AGAGGUUUGAGUGAAAAUGGCAUCAUCAUCGGGGCCGGAUCCCGCGAUGAAUAAAGCGGAAAGUAAAGCAUCGAUGAUAGAAUCGAUCAAAGGGCGUUCUAUGUCUGGAGUUAGGGUUUCAAGAGGUGAUUUGAGGCGGAAGAUGACGAUGCCUGCAUAUUUGCGCCUUGCUAUUCGUGACGCCAUUGCGGCUAAAAGUAUUGAUGCCGGAAAACGCCAUUACGGCGUUGCAAGUCUCUGUCUGGUCGAUGAUGGUGGUGGUGAAAAAUGUCCUCUCGGUACCCCUGAAUCGCCGGUGGUUGUUUUUGUUAAUUCUAAGAGCGGUGGCCGCCAAGGCUAUGCGCUUAAAUCUAAAUUGCAGAAUUUAAUGGGCGAAGAACAGGUGUUGGACCUUCAAACCGUGAAGCCUCAUGAAUUUGUCGAGUAUGGAUUGGGUUGCCUUGAAAACUUUGCUGCUCUUGGAGACUCUUGUGCCAAGGAAACUCGUGAAAGGCUACGGAUUGUGGUAGCAGGAGGUGAUGGUACGGUGGGUUGGGUCCUUGGGUGCCUGGGAGAGCUUCACAAACAAGGGCGAGAUCCUGUUCCACCAACAGCGAUUAUACCUCUUGGUACAGGAAACGAUUUAUCCAGGAAUUUUGGUUGGGGUGGUUCGUUUCCUUUCAACUGGAAAACGGCCAUAAAGAAGACGCUUGAUAGGGUUCUUCAUGCUCCACUUUGCCGUUUGGAUAGUUGGAAUCUGGUGAUAUCAAUGCCUGCUGGUGUAGAGUUGGAUACUCCUCAUGCCUUGAAGCAAACAGAAGAGGUCAUCCUUGAUCAGGAUUUAGAAAAUGCAGGCCGAUUGCCUGAACAAGUUUCUUGCUACCAAGGAGUCUUUUACAACUAUUUUAGCAUAGGAAUGGAUGCCCAAGUGGCUUAUAGUUUCCAUCACCUACGGAAUGAGAAACCUUAUCUUGCACAAAGUCCUAUUGCAAACAAGAUAAUUUACUCCGGUUAUAGCUGCAAACAAGGUUGGUUUUUCACGCCUUGUAUGACUGGCCCGAGCUUGAGAGGGCUGAAGAACAUUUUAAGGCUGCAUAUUAAAAGGUUAAACAGCCCAAAAUGGGAGCUGAUUCAUUUUCCAUCAAGUGUUAGGUCUGUAGUUGCUUUGAAUCUUCAUAGUUAUGCAAGUGGAAGGAAUCCAUGGGGUAACUUGAAGCCAGAAUACUUGGAAAAGAGAGGUUUCGUUGAGGCCAAAGCGGAUGAUGGUCUCUUGGAGAUUUUCGGCUUCAAACAAGGAUGGCAUGCAUCAUUUGUUAUGGUCGAUCUCAUUUCAGCAAAACACAUUGCACAGGCGUCAGAAAUUCGAUUCGAGUUAAGGGGUGGAGCAUGGAAAGAAGGUUUCAUGCAGAUGGAUGGAGAACCAUGGAAACAACCCAUGAACAAUGAGUACUCAACAUUUCUAGAUAUCAAGAGGGUACAAUUUCAGUCUAUUAUGAUUCAAGGAAGAACAACCAUUCUUGAAUGA